CUUUAUCGAACAAUGCUUUAUUAAUCGAGUCAGUAUUUUCAAAAAGUUGAUAAGAACAAGACAUGCGUUUGUGGUUGCAAAAGACAUCAAUCAUAGGAUGCUUUGUGUUUGGAGCAUUUUAUUUUGUAGCAAGUCCAAUAUUUCUGUAUUUUAUAUAUCAAACACUUCCUCAUAAACUUGCUGAUCCAAGUUUUGAAUUUACAGCAAGAUAUUCUUCUAAUCUGACAGUUCUACUAUUAUUUUUCAUUGGGCUUUCGUUUUCCGGUAUUUUAAUGAUGAUUGCAAUUAUUUGGAAAAAUAGAAUUUUGAUGGCUCCUUUGAUGAUUGGAUCGAUUAUGAAUGGUUCAAUGAUCUAUGUUUACAACAAGCUCCUUCAACUUGCGUCAGAACCAACUCAAAAUUCUCAAGAAGUGAUAAACAUUAAAGAUGCUUUAAUUAUUUUAGUUUUGCUAGUGAUUCCAUUUUAUUUUUGUGCUUUAAAUGUUUGUAAUAUUUUUGAUGAUGAAGAAUUUGGAGAAUGGGUGAUCAGGGAUGGAAGACUUGAGUUGAGAAACAGGCCUAAACGAGUAAGAAUAGUUUAUGGUACUAAUGUUGGAACCUAUGAUGAUCAUUAAAGAAAAUUUACUUUUCAUCACACACAAAACACAUACAUAUAGCUAUUUAUACUAGUAAUUAAGUGAAAUCUUAUUACAUAUCAAACAAUAAAUAUAAACUGAAUAUCUUUUUAAUAUCAUUGAAAACAUUCAAAGUUUAAGACAUGACUUGUUCAACG